AUGUCGUUUCAAGCUAGCGUCAAACCCCUAACAUCGAUCAUUUCAGAAGAUGAUCUGACGAAGUUGGCCGCAGAAUCCUGUACACCAAUAGCAAUUGUGGGAAUUGGCUUCCGGGGACCAAAGGAUGCCAAAAAUGUCGAGAAGUUGUGGGAAAUGAUUCUCACGGGUAGAGAAGCAUGGAGCCCAAUUCCAGCUGAGAGGUGGAAAAGCGCAGCAUUUCAUCACCCAGACUAUGCCCGCCAUGGAACGAUCAACGUGGAAGGUGGUCACUUUCUGGAAGAGGAUGUAUCUGUGUUUGACGCGCCGUUUUUUAACAUGACAAGCGAUGAAGCAGCGGCCAUGGAUCCUCAGCAGAGAUUGCUCCUGGAGGUAGCAUAUGAAGGUUUUGAGAAUGCUGGCAUUCCCCUUACCAACAUUAUGGGUACAAAGACAUCCUGCUUCGUAGGGUCUUUCUCUGCAGACUAUACAGAUCUGCUACUUCGGGAUCCUGAGUGUGUACCCAUGUAUCAGUGCACAAACGCUGGACAGUCUCGUGCAAUGACAGCAAACAGAAUGUCUUAUUUCUUUGAUUUGAAAGGGCCCAGUGUCACGGUAGACACAGCUUGCUCGGGAAGUCUUGUGGCACUUCAUUUGGCAUGUCAAAGCCUCCAAACCGGGGAGGCGUCAACAGCCAUCGCAGCGGGAGUCAAUUUGAUUUUGAGUCACGAGUUUAUGUCGACCAUGAGCAUGAUGAAGUUUCUCUCCUCGGAUGGAAGAUGCCAUACCUUUGAUGAAAAGGCCAAUGGGUACGCGCGAGGUGAGGCAGCUGGCUGUCUCAUCCUUAAACCCCUGGACAAGGCGUUACACGACCGCAACAAGAUCCGAGCCGUGAUAAGAGGCACGGGUUCCAAUCAGGACGGGCGCACUGCAGGGAUUACACUGCCAAAUGGGGCAGCCCAAGAAAGCUUGAUCCGGAGUGUCUAUGCACGGGCUGAUCUGGACCCCUCGGAAACCGAUUUUGUAGAGGCUCAUGGGACAGGCACGCUGGCCGGAGACCCAGUUGAGACAGGAGCAAUCGCUCGUGUCUUUGGAACUGGUCGUCCGCCUGACAAUCCUGUGCGGAUUGGCUCCAUCAAAACUAACGUCGGCCACUUGGAAGGCGCAAGUGGUGUGGCUGGUGUGAUCAAGGCAGUCCUUAUGUUGGAAAAUCACAUGUUUUUGCCAAACAGGAAUUUUGAAAAAAUCAACCCACGUAUCCCACUCGAUGAUUGGAAUCUCAAGGUUCAAUUACGCCCUGAGCCAUGGGAGACCAUAGGGCCUCGUCGCGUUUCUGUGAAUAGCUUCGGGUACGGUGGGAGUAAUGCCCAUGUCAUUGUGGAAGAUGCCCAAGGCUGCAUUUCUCGUUGGGGACUCAAGGAAGACGACCCAAUCCGGACCGCCGCGACAAAAACCCAUGAUAAGACAGUUACUACCUCACCACCCGGGUUAUCUCGCAUACUAAUGGUCUCUGGUUUCGAUGAGAGAACCUGCGCCCAACAAAUGCUGGCUCUGAGCAAUUACAUCCUCGAUAGGCAACAUGAGGUUGUUAAUGACGAAUUUCUGGACGACCUUGCGUUCACAAUCAACGAGCGACGCUCUGUCUUUCCGUGGAAGGCAGCAGUUGUUGGAGAUACGAUGGAGGGUUUGGCGGCCUCUCUAUCUCAGGACGUCAAAGCUAAAAGCGCUCUUCGGAAGCCAACACUUGGGUUUGUCUUUACGGGACAAGGUGCGCAGUGGGCCGGGAUGGGAAAAGAGCUGAUUCAGGACUAUCCUGCCUUCAAAACGUCAAUUUUGGGUAUCGACAGAUUUCUACACGACAUUGGAGCUCCUUUUACAGUGGAAGAGGAGAUCACAAAGUGCGCCCAGAAUUCCGAUUUGAACCAUCCAAGUCUCAGCCAGACAAUAUGCACAGCGUUGCAGAUUGCGCUGGUCGACUUGCUAAAUUCGUGGAGUAUAUAUCCAGACUCCGUGACGGGCCAUUCCAGUGGGGAAAUCGCUGCUGCCUAUGCUACCGGUGCACUCAGCAUGAAUGAUGCAAUGUCAGUGGCAUACUACCGAGGCGUUGUGGCAACCCAUCUUCUGGAUGACCAACCGAAUAGAGGUGCGAUGAUGGCUGUCGGGAUGUCUGUUGAGGAGGUACAGCCCUACUUGGACAGAUACCAGCCCAGACAGCUGGUGAUAGCAUGUGUCAAUAGCCCAUCGAGUGUGACAAUAUCAGGUGAUACGCUUGCCAUUGACACACUUUCACAAACAUUGAAAGAACACCAGGUGUUCAGUCGACGCCUUGAAGUGGGUGUUGCUUACCACUCUCCUCAUAUAGAACAGGUUGCCGAGCAGUAUCACAACUUUAUAGAUCAUAUCCAGCUCCGAGAACUGGAUCGGAUAGUGGGAGAAACGACAGCAAGUGGCGCAUCGUUCUUUUCCUCGGUCACUGGAACGCUGGUUUCUUUGGAAGAAUUGGAUGCCCAGUACUGGGUGUCAAAUUUGGUUGGGCAAGUGAAAUUUGCCAAGUCCCUGAGGACUUUGUGUUUUGAAACAAAUGGUCAGCAUGCUGGGCAUACAGGGGCUUCCAGAGUAAGAAGGGCCGGGGCAGCCCAAAAGCCAUCUGUGGAUUGUCUUGUUGAGAUUGGCCCCCAUGCGGCACUUUCUGGGCCAAUCAAGCAAAUCCUCCAGGCGGAUGCGAAGCUCAAUUCUGCCGAUAUAAGCUAUAUUAGCAUAUUGACGCGAAAGGCCAACGCAGUCACUACAGCGCUUGGCGCAGCCGCCACAUUAGCAUCACUCAACUACCCCAUUGACUUUGGUGCAAUCAACCGCCCUAUCGGGACCAAGAAAAGUAGGACACCACAGCUACUGGUUGAUCUUCCAACGUAUGCGUGGAAUCACACUAGGUCAUAUUGGGCCGAGCCAAGACUCAGCAAGAUGUAUCGGAACCGAAACUCCCCGCGGAUGGAUUUACUUGGUGCACCAGACAACAUGGCUAGUCCAUUCGAGCCUCGCUGGAGAAAUUAUCUUCGAACGUCAGAGCUCCCUUGGCUUCUCGAUCACAAGAUUCAGGGUAAUAUCGUUUUCCCUGCUGCAGGUUAUUUGGCCAUGGCACUCGAAGCGUCAAUACAGUUGAACGUGGGCGAAGAAAAAGUCGCGAGAUACGUCCUGCGAGAUGUGGCAAUACAGUCAGCACUGGUGCUCAACGAAACAUCCGCCGUCGAGGUUAUGGUAUCUCUUCAAAAGUCGACACACGAUCAAGAAAAUUUGCACAACUUCCAUAUAUACUCCAUCUCAGAGGAGAAUAGGUGGACUGAGCACUGCACUGGCUGGGUCGGGAGAAUGAAAAGCAUUGGCGCCUCAGGCGACGGAGUCGAGGAAACCGAUGGUUACGCAACUGUCCCGUUGGGGACGGAAGUCCAUGGAAUAUCGGUGAUUGACGUCGCUAAAUUUUAUGAGAAGCUUCAAAAUUUUGGUCUGGAAUACGGACCAUGUUUUGCAAAUAUGACAAAAGCACAUGUCACCCAAGACGGGGCGUGCUUUGCAGAAAUCACUGUACCAGAUACGCUAUCCGUAAUGCCUGCAUCAUUUCAGCAUGAGCUUUUGGUCCAUCCAUGCACUCUGGAUAGUAUAUUCCAAACUAUCUUUGCCGCUUUACCCCCAGGCAUGGGAAUCGAGGAAGGACCUGCAGUCCCUAUCUUCAUUGAAGAGAUGAUUGUAUUAUCCAGUCUCAGCUGUUCGGCAGGAGAGCCUAUGAGUAUCUGUACUCAUGUGCGCCCGAUGCCAAGAAAAGACGUGACGGCAUGCAUUGCCGCCGUGAGUUGUAACGAGAAUCAAUUCGAAACCGAGCCAACAAUUUCACUUCGUGGCCUACGAUAUGCGAGGCUCGCGCGUGAUGAACCCGCAUCGCAGAGAAAGGACAGCCGCAUAAUUUAUCAGAUUGACUGGAAGCCAGAUCCGAGCUUUCUUUCCAGCGGCAAUACCUCAUUCCUAUUUGACAAGGUCGGCGUUGUUAAAGAGCCCGCGCCUCAAACAGAGUACGAAGAGAGUGCAACCGGCUUCAUCAGAGCGGCGCUGGAGGAAGUCAGCACAACGGAGGCAAUGCAACUUGACAAUUCUCACCGGAGAUUCCGGUGUUAUCUCCAAGAUGUGCUUGAAAGAAAUGAUGGUCAAACUUCAAUAUCGUCAUCUCACUUGGAAAACAUUCAUCCUAUCCCGACGGGAAAGCUCCUGCCGGUGAUUGGCCAUAACCUUGUUCCCAUUAUUCGGAACCAAGUGGACUUUUCCACCCUCCUGACUGACGAUCGCCUGUUGGAUGAGUUCUGGGAUAUAUUCUCAGCAGAUGCUUCGUACCAAGCAGCUGCAAAAUACGUCUAUUUGAUUGGCCACGGGAAACCAGAUAUAUCCAUACUUGAAUUUGGCGUUGGCACAGGCCAGAUAGCGGAGAUAUUUCUGAACUGUCUCGUGACGCUCAAGGAGACGCCUCACUGCGGAAGAUAUACAUUUGUCCACGAAAGCGCUUCCGUGCUUGAGCAUGUCUCGAAGCGACUGGGGGUUUGGUCAGAAUGGGUUGAAUGCAAGCCCCUGGAUCUUGGCAAGGAUUUGCACAAACAAGGAUUGGAAAGAAAUUCCUUUGACAUCAUAAUCCUGCCGCAUGGAUUGUGUACUGCACGCUGUGAACAAAAGGCACUCAGCAAAAUUCAUGAUCUUUUGAGACCAUCUGGCUAUUUGAUUGCAAUUAAUCCCUUCGACCCAAGGAAGAAUGUGCUGAAAAAUCUCUUGUUUGGUGCCUUGCACUGCCUGUCCACAGACGAAUUCUGUUUGGGCCAGGGUGCUUGGACGGAGAGUCAAUGGGAGGAGAUCCUGCAAGAUGCGCGUUUCACUGAAGUCGAUGCCUAUGCGGAGCAGGACUCCGAGAAGAGCCAUCAGUUCAUCGUGGCCAAAAAGCGAAAAAUACAAAUGUCGUCCAGAAAGGUUUCCAUAAUUUGCGAGAACAAAACUGACACUGUCAGGCAUCUAGUCACUGAGCUCAAGAAAACCUCAUGUGAGGUGAAUGUGACGCCGCUCAAUAACGUGGACUGUAAAGAUCAGAUUUGUUUAGUCGUGGAUACUUCAACGUCGUCCCUGUUGGCCGCUCCUAAUGAAGUGGCAUUCAACAAGAUAAAAGCUAUUUUCACCCAGAGUGGAGGAGUUCUCUGGAUAACAAGAGGAGGGACGAUUGAGCCUGUCAACCCAAAUGCGGCCUUGGCUGUUGGAUUUGCAAGAACAGCACGUGCCGAAUCAGGCGUAAACCCCAUUGUCACCCUUGAUCUGGAUGCUAAGAAUUCUCUCUCGGAAUCUCAAGCCGCCAAGAUGAUUGCAAAAGUACUGGUUACCAGAUUUCUCCGUGAAAAUCCAGACGAGGACACGGAAUACGCGGAGAGACAUGGGGAAAUCUUGGUUCCAAGAGUGCUAGACAAUUUGAUUGCGAACAAGGCUAUGAACAGCAUCAAUGAUAUUGAGGCUGUAUCCGAGCAGCCUUUCCAUCAGCUUCAGCAGCCCCUCCGUCUUUCCAGGAAAUUUGAUCACCCCGGAUUUGUUGGCGAUUCGCAAACGACUGAACUCCCAGUCGGCUACGUCGGAAUCAGAGUACACUCCUUCGGCCUGAAUAAAUGGGAUGUUCAGGCUGACCGUUAUGAUUGGCAAACUGACGACACCCUCGGACUAGAGUGUAGUGGCAUAGUAUACAAGGUCGGCGCUGGGGUCCACGGCAUCACUGUAGGCGACCGGGUUGCGUGUCUUGGAGCUGGGACUGCGAGAAGCUUCUAUCACGAUCGGGCAUCAGCCUUCCGGAAGAUCAAUGACGACAUGUCAUUACAGGUGGCUUCAGCUUUACCGCUAGCAUAUACAAUUGCUUAUUAUGUUGUGAACCACCUGUCACUGGUUGAGUCGAAUGACACCGUCCUCUUGCAUGACGCCGGAAGUCAUUUCGGCCAAGCACUUCUGGAAAUGUAUCUGCUGAGGGACGCUCGAAUAUUUGCUACAGUGCACAGCCCCCGCGAAAAGGACUUGCUGGGCUCGAGGUUCGGGAUACCCGGGGAGCAUGUCUUAAUAACCGGGGAGGAAGAUGUGGCCAAGGGUGUGUUACGAUUAACUGAUGGCAAGAAAGCAAACGUAGUAGUCACGUUCGAGACUGCAGAGGACAGAACCCUUCAGAACUGCACUGCGCCAUUUGGUCGGUUUAUUCAACUUCGCACAAACAACCUCACGGCGCGAUCGUUGCCAUGUGCCCAGAACAUGUCCCUGACUACAGUCAAUAUAUUUGAGCUCCAAAAGGAGAGGAUUGAGCUUGCCGACCAGAUAUGGCGGAAGGCUUUUCUCUUGUUCCUCCAAGGACGACUCAAAGGGCCUGGCAUUACCGAUGCAUAUCAUAUUUCACUCAUUGAGGAGGCGCUAAUGGCAGUUCAAACCCAGCAGCAUGUUGUGGUCCAUGUGGAAGACAGUGAUAUUGUCAAGGCCACGCUCCCAAGGGCUAUCCAGCCAUUGUUCCGUGCAAAUGCCUCCUAUAUGCUGGUCGGUGGGCUUGGUGGAAUUGGGAGGGAAGUAGCUUCGUGGAUGGCGCAAAAUGGAGCAAAGAGCCUGAUUUUCGUCAAUCGAAGCGGCCUUUCAAAGUAUGAGUCUCAAGCUACAGUGAGAAAUCUAGUGGAAAAAGGUAUUCAGGUAACCACUCGAGCUUGUGACAUAUCCAACGAGACCGAAGUCCAGCGAAUGCUUCAUGAUCUCUCUCGUUGCGUGCCUCCAAUACGAGGGCUGAUCCAGGCAGCCAUGGUCCUCAAGGAUGUUCAUAUUGAAAACAUGAGUGCAGACCAGUAUCGGGAUGUCGUGGGCCCGAAAUAUUAUGGCACCUGGAAUUUGCAUCGACAUCUCCCCAUGAACCUUGACUUCUUCCUGAUGUUAUCGUCUAUCAGCGGCGUUAUUGGGAACGCCACACAGGCUGCCUAUGCCACCGGCUGUACUUUCAUGGAUGCAUUCGCCGAUUAUCGAAGGUGCUUAGGUCUUCCAGCAGUAUCUUUGGAUCUCGGAACAAUCACGGAUGUUGGUCAUUUGGCUGAAAAUAAAGAGCUGGCCGCAAAGAUGGAACGACAAGGUUUCCAGGGCACUGAUACACCGACACUUCUAUCCCUGAUACAAGUUGCUAUCUCUGAGUCGACCGCCGGAGGAGCACAACUUAUAACUGGCCUCGGCCAAUGGAAAGAAAACGAGUCGCUUGGAAACUUUGACGCGCCCUUGUUUGCCCACUUCCGGUAUAAGUUCCAGGGUCGUGGCAAAUCUAUUGCGCUCGGCGACUCAAUAGAAGGGUUGAAGGUUGCACUUGAUGCUGCAAAAACGGUGGAUCAAGCCACCGUGGUAAUUUGCGAUGCCUUGAGCAAGAAGAUUGCUUCCCAUCUCUCCAUCCCAGUUGAAAAUAUUAAUCCUUCUAAUCCGGUCUCCGAGUAUGGAGUUGACUCCCAUGUGGCUGUGGAACUGCGCAACUGGGUAUCACGGUCUAUGGAUUGCACUAUCCCCAUUUUGGAAAUUAUAGCAAGGUCUAUGUUGGAGCUAUCUCACAAAAUUGCCAGCCAAAUACUUGAGGGAAAGUCGGAGUGA